AUGUAUGACGCAGCCUAUCCGGGAGUAGUUGUGGAGAUAUCCUAUUCCCAAAACGGAAAGGAUCUAAAGAAACUCGCCUGGGACUAUAUAGUACAUUCCAAUGGGGAUAUAAAGGUAGUCGUCGGCAUUGACAUUAACUAUGGUGGAAUGCAGGACUCCACCUUGUCAAUGUGGCGACCGUCGUAUGUUCAUGAAGAGGGCGAGGAUAUGGACUUGCUGGAAAUACAGCAAGAGAUUAAGAACCAGCCCUUUCGAGCCAAAGAUGGAUCCCAUGUCAAUCAAAUGAAGAGUAUCCCGCUUAAGCUGAGUGACUUUGCGCCUGACGAACUAUCAGCCAGCUUUCAAGGAAUUCAAACAGAGAUUAGCUACGCGAAGCUAGCCGAAGUUCUGACAUUCGCUGAGCGAAUGCACCGAGCAAGGGAGUCAGGUCCCGGUAUUAAGUCAAGACGCCGGACAAGGAAGCGGAGACGAUCGUCGUCUUCGAUGGAGGAGAUGAAAACCGAUGAUGAGGCUAAGCAUCGUCGCCAGGAAGAGAAAGCCGAGGAGCGUUCAGCUAUAUGUGAUGAUAACUUUGUCCCACCCUUUAGAAAGAGAAAGUCUUGA